AUGUCCGACGAGGGCGAGGCAAAGACACAAGUCGAGGAACAGACACAAGUCGAGGAACAGCCUGAAGGCGAGCAAAAGACAGAGGUCGAGGAACAGACAGACCCAGAGCCAGUAGAGGCUGCGACUGCUACUGUGACUGAUAAUGUUGCUCCUGACGAGCCUGCACCAGCCGAAGCCUGGGCUUCCGCUGCAGCUGCUGAAACAGAGGAGGACCUCAAGCCUGCCGCAGAGGAGGACGAUCCACCAGCCGACACCGAAGCUCGUGAGAGAAUGAUUGGAGUCAAAAUCGCCAAAGACUUUGAUGACGCCACUUACACUGGAGAGGUCAAAUCGGCCGCUGUCUCCAAUGGUGUCGUCAUAUACAGGGUUGUGUAUACAGAUGGAGAUUCGGAAGACAUGACGUUGAUCGAGGUGGAGGAUGCCUCUGUGAAGUACGACACCCUCCAAGAAGAAAUGUGGAAUAUCAUGGCACGCUUGGUUGGUUUGGAUGAUGCUGGCCUGGACAAGCUCAAGACUGAAGGAAUUACCGACAUCAAGAAGCUAGAAUUGUUUGGCGGAGGAACCACUCAAAAUCCAUUCCUCAGCCUCGAUUUGCCUCUCAUUACCACACAGCAACUUCAUUUGGUGGCUACAUUUCUUUUGAACGAUGGCAUUUUGACGCCUACCUCCAAAUUGGAAGAUAUUGCCCGCUUCAAUCAGGCCAAGGCGACGGCUGUUUCUCCUCCCCAAAAGGCAAAGAAACCAGAGACGGCUGCACGUAGCAGCAGUCCAACCAAGCGUGCCAGGGGCAGGCCCAAAAAGACAGAGACUGCUCCUCGCAGCACUACCAAGCGAGGACGGGGGCGUCCCAAAAAGACGGAAACUGCUGGUAGCCCUGCCAAACGAGGCCCCGGACGACCCAGAGCGGCUAGCACUGGCUCUGCUGCCAAACGAGGCCUCGGACGGCCCAGAAAGACCGAGACUGCCAGCACUGGCUCUCCUGCCAAGCGAGGCCCCCCACGGGCCAGAAACACAGAAGCUUCAAGUACCGAUGCUAGUCCUGCCAAACGAGGCCGUGGACGGCCCAAGAAGACAGAGGCUACAAGUACCGAUGCUAGUCCUGCCAAACGAGGCCGUGGACGGCCCAAAAAGACAGAGACUUCAACUACCGAUGCUAGUCCUGCCAAACGAGGCCGUGGGCGGCCCAAAAAGUCGGAAACUGGUAUCAAGCAAGAGACUGUGAACGAAGCCGCCGUCAGUGUUGCUGCAGCUGCCUCUGCGAAUCCUCCCAAAAGAGGAAGAGGAAGACCCCGAAAGAACGAGGCUACUAGUGUGGAACCUGCCGCCAAAAAGACUCGAGUGAACGAGGAGGAUUAUCGCGGUCCUCCAACGGAACCACUGGAGGGUGUAGCCAAUUGGCCUGGAUCGGCCUCUGAGGGUUGGACUUAUGCAUCGUCGAAACGUCCCAACACAAAUGCCGUGGACCGAACUUGGUACACUCCCGGUGGCCACUGCUUUCGCAGCAAGGUUGCCGUCCGCAAGUUUCUCAAAGCCCUCCAACAUUGUGGUGGCGAUGAAUCGGAGGCAUUGAAAAUUUACAAGGGCUUCAACGCGGAGGCGUAG